GGAUGCAGAAGAGACCUGCGUGUAUUGGGGAGUAGUUAUUGUAGGCUGUGCCGGUCGGGGGGACGGAGGUUCCAACCAGUGGCUCCUGCUACCGGGGCGGUGCACGGGAAGACUGUCGGGGCCGGGCGCACACAAGGCCCGUAAGGACGUCUGCCUCGCCACGGUGACUGCCGUACCGAGUCCAUGGCGGUCCUACUCGUCUGGUGGACGGUGUUGGUUCUUCUGCAGAUUUCGGAGAGAACAUCAGCAGCAAGCACGACCGAUCCUGAUGAGCACAACCACACUGCAGUCCUUCAGUCUCUCCUGGGAGUUUCCGAAGGCAUCUUGAGGCCCAACUUCAACGGAAAACCCGUCAAUGUCAACUGUAACGUCUUCGUCAGCGGAUUCGACUCCGUGGAGGAAAAGAAAAUGGACUACACGGUACUGAUCUAUUUCCGGCAAAGGUGGAACGACCCUCGGCUGAGCUACUCGGACCUGAACAGAACCAUCAACCUGGACUCCAACAUCAAGGUCAAGAUGUGGGUCCCCGACCUGUUCUUCGUGAACGAGAAGGACGGACGAUUCCACACCAUCACGACAGACAACAGAUACAUCAGGAUCUAUCCUAACGGCAACGUACUGUAUAGCACCAGGUUGACCCUGACCCUGUCCUGCUACAUGCAUCUCGGAAACUUCCCAACCGACAAACAACUUUGCAGAAUCCACAUAGAGAGCUACAGUUACACGACAGACGACAUGACGUUAGAGUGGCAGAACGACAAGGCGCUGGAGAUAUCGGAGGAGGUGAAGCUGCCUGAUUACGAGCUGCGCGUCAACGGGCUGAUGGGCUGCACGGCGGGGUAUACUACAGGUGCGUUCCCCUGUAUUAAGGGCGAGUUUAUCCUGGAGAGGCGGAUCGGCUACUUCCUGAUCCAGAUUUACCUUCCCAGCAUCCUUAUCGUCAUCAUCUCCUGGAUCUCCUUCUGGAUCCACAGCACGUCUGCGCCUGCGCGAGUCGCCCUGGCCAUCACCACGGUCCUCACUCUCACCACGCACAGCAACUCUGCGCGUGCGCACAUGCCAAGGGUAUCUUACAUCACGAACAUGGACAUCUGGAUGGCGGCUUGCCAGGCGUUCGUGUUCGCGGCGUUGCUUGAGUACGCCGUGGUCAACCACGCCACCAGGCGAGAGAUGCGCGCAGCGCGCAAGGCCCUCAAGGCCCAGCAGAACCAGCCCGCCACCCCAAGCAAACUCACAGACACCAACCCACCCAACAACAGCACACCCGCGCCACAGUACGAGAUGCAGCUCCAGAACUCCAGCCCUUUGCACAAAGAUAAGCUAGAUCCACCCUCCUGUCUGUCUACCGUUAUCAACAUCCAGCCGCCGUGCCCAGCCGAGCCUGUACAGCCGCUAACUCCUACUCCGCGUCCACCGUUCAACCCGGCAGAGGAGAGCAACAACAAAAUCGACGACUUCUGUAAAGUUUUCUUUCCCGUCGCCUUCCUCAUAUUCAACCUCGUCUACUGGCUGUAUCUCAACCGAUGACUUGCUGGAAAUAAGACUUGGACUAUAUCAGCAAGCGUACCUGUACUUUAGCCUCUACAAGAC